AUGAAGUUCAUCUCUGCAGCAACGGCUUUCGCCCUCCUGAACGUGGCUCUGGCUGCCCCCCCUGCUCCUGUUCCUUCAGAACAGGCGCCCGCUCAACCAGCCGAGUUUCCAAUUGAGAAGCGUCAAUUUGAGUUCUCUUCUCGGCCUUCCGGUGCUGCGACUCCCAGUUUCCCAGGCUUUGAGGGGCCCGGCUCUGGCUCUGAACGUGGCGAAGCUAGCUCUGGCGGUGCUGCCAAGCGUCAAUUUGAGUUCUCCUCUCGGCCUUCUGGUGCUGCGACUCCCAGUUUCCCAGGCUUUGAGGGGCCCGGCUCUAACUCUGAACACGGUGAAUCUGGCUUUGCUAAGCGUCAAUUCGAGUUCUCUUCUCGGCCUUCCGGUGCUGCAACUCCCAGUUUCCCAGGCUUUGAGGGGCCCGGCUCUAACUCUGAACACGGUGAAUCUGGCUUUGCUAAGCGUCAAUUCGAGUUCUCCUCUCGGCCUUCCGGUGCUGCGACUCCCAGUUUCCCAGGCUUUGAGGGGCCCGGCUCUGGCUCUGAACGUGGCGAAGCUAGCUCUGGCGGUGCUGCCAAGCGUCAAUUUGAGUUCUCUUCUCGGCCUUCUGGUGCUGCGACUCCCAGUUUCCCAGGCUUUGAGGGGGCCGGCUCUGGCUCUGAACACGGUGAAUCUGGCUUUGCUAAGCGCCAAUUUGAGUUCUCUUCUCGGCCUUCUGGUGCUGCGACUCCCAGUUUCCCAGGCUUUGAGGGGCCCGGCUCUGGCUCUGAACACGGUGAAUCUAGCUUUGCUAAGCGCCAAUUUGAGUUCUCCUCUCGGCCUUCCGGUGCUGCAACUCCCAGUUUCCCAGGCUUUGAGGGGCCCGGCUCUAACUCCGAACACGGUGAAUCUGGCUUUGCUAAGCGUCAAUUCGAGUUCUCCUCUCGGCCUUCUGGUGCUGCGACUCCCAGUUUCCCAGGCUUUGAGGGGCCCGGCUCUAACUCCGAACACGGUGAAUCUGGCUUUGCUAAGCGUCAAUUCGAGUUCUCCUCUCGGCCUUCUGGUGCUGCGACUCCCAGUUUCCCAGGCUUUGAGGGGGCCGGCUCUGGCUCUGAACGCGGUGAAUCUGGCUUUGCUAAGCGUCAAUUUUAG